UUCCGGUUUGGUCACGAGUGUGUAGUUUCGAUUUGUUUUGUUUAUAUAUAUAAAUAGGAGAAGUAGAAGGUGUUGUAGACAGCAGCGUGUUAUCCACAUAACAAUGAUAGGCAACGUUUCAUUAUCACUUGUUAUAGUUUUUCUUAUUUUGUGUUUUGUGAAAACUGUUAACGCAAAGCAGCCACAUAUUUUAUUUGUGCUUGCAGACGACUACGGAUAUAAUGACAUUGGUUAUCAUGGAUCGGAAAUCAAGACCCCAAACCUCGACAAGCUGUCUGCUGAGGGUGUUAGACUGGAAAAUUACUAUGUACAGCCUAUAUGUACACCUACGAGGAGUCAACUUAUGUCCGGGAGAUAUCAGAUCCACACUGGGUUGCAACAUGGCAUAAUUUCGCCCCCUCAACCUAAUGCCUUGCCAAGGGACAGUCCCAUUCUGCCAGACAAGAUGAGGGAGGCUGGAUACUCCACACACGCUGUAGGAAAAUGGCACCUGGGUUUCUACAAGGAGGAAUACCUCCCCAACAACAGAGGUUUUGACACAUAUUAUGGUUAUUUGACGGGAAGUGAGGAUUACUACACAAAAUCACGGUGCUCUGGACACAACUUUUGUGGGAAAGAUUUAAGAGAUAAUUUUAAGCCUGUCGAACCAAAUGCAAAUGAAUAUUCAACGGAGAUGUAUAGCAAGCGUGUCAUAGACAUUGUCAACAACUACAACUCCUCCCAGCCAAUGUUUCUGUACCUAGCAUUGCAAGCUGUCCAUAUGCCACUAGAAGUUCCAGCAAGGUACAAAGAAAAGUAUGCUCACAUUAAAAACCACGACAGGCAAACAUAUGCAGGUAUGGUGGCAGCCAUGGAUGAGGCUAUCGGGAACAUCACAUCAGCAUUCCAGGCCAAAGGAAUGUGGGAUGAUACCAUAAUGGUUUUCUCUACAGACAAUGGUGGACAGAUUUUAGCUGGCGGCAACAACUGGCCGCUGAGGGGCUGGAAGGCGUCUCUUUGGGAGGGAGGAAUGCACGGAGUAGGAUUUGUGCAUGGCAAAGCCCUACAGAAAAAAGGAAGUGUAUCCACCCAACUCAUGCACGUGACUGAUUGGUACCCGACACUGGUAGGACUGGCAGGAGGCUCCCUAAACGGCACCAAACCUCUGGAUGGAUUUGAUCAGUGGAAAACAAUUAGUGAAGGAGCUAAGAGUCCUAGAGAAACACUGCUUCACAACAUAGAUCCCCUGACCAAGCCUGUCGGGGAUAAACUGGAGGGGAGUCCAUUUGACAACCGGUUCAGGGCUGCUCUUAGGUGGAGAGACUGGAAAGUGAUCACUGGAAACCCUGGCAAUGGAAGCUGGGUACCAGAGCCCACUGCUGAGAAUAUUAACAUGGAUGUCUACACUGGUGAACCGAAAAAGAAUGUCUGGCUGUUCAAUAUUGCCAAGGAUCCAGUGGAAAGAGUCGACCUGUCAGCAGAUUAUCCUGACAUGGUGAUGAAGAUGCUGACAAAGCUGCAGCAGCUGAAUGAGACAGCUGUACCUUGUGUCUAUCCUCCCUCUGAUCCAAACUCCAACCCUCAACUUCAUGGGGGCUGGUGGGGGCCAUGGGAAAAGUAGGAUACUUAAGAGAUACCUCAAGGAAUGAUUUUGAUUUAUCUAGCAAUGAAUUUUCAAAUAGGAACGAGAAAAUUAGCGUUGAAUUUGAUAUAAAACAUGACAUUUUUUAUUUACACUAGCGAUGUUUGUUGACCGACUUCGUGAUUUGUAGAUUUACUUGUUUUGGUUCACUCAUUACUGAGGGAUGACAUUUAUGUGGUAUAUUUAUUGCUUUAUAUGUGGUGGUAUAAUUACGUUUUUUCUUCUUUUUUUUCACUAGUCUUGACUAUUAUGAAUAUAUCCUGAAAUUGACUUGUAGCAUUAUGGUAGUUAUACAUGUAUGUAAAAUCCUGGGGAUUGUUCUUUGCUGCCACAGGGUUACGGAACAACUAGUACAAUGUUUUGACUAUCAUCAAAAAGGAUAGAAAGAUGAUAUGUCGUUUUCAUUCUAUUAUUUCCACAGAUUGCCAUUUUAAACGGAUACAUUGUGUAUGUAACUAAAGCAGUUUUUGAUGCAUCAUUUUCAAAUUAAUUAUACUACUUCAGACUGCGUAGAUCUGUCUGAUGUAUGGCUUAUCUUUCUGCAUUCUGCUUGUAAAAUCUUAAAGCUUUUCGGUACAUGUACAUUAUUGUCAAAUUAUAUAUUGCUUUUUCUUAUAUUGAGACGAUCUUUUACCUCUGCCAUUUAUUUUUUUUGCAUAUUUUGACAGGAGUUACUACGAAUUUUGGAUCUGCUAAUUAUUUAAUCUGGAAUAAUUUUAUGCUGUUUUACAAACAUUGUAUCCAUGCUGAACUCUAUAAUGAGAUCUAGAGGACAGUGGUUUCAUCGAUUAUGUUUUACAUCAGGUAAUUCAUUUAAAAAUCUCUCUAUGUAUGUUAGGGGAAAGAAUAGAUCUGCUGCAUACCUCUGCAUGUCAUGUUAUAUAUAAGAGGCGACUAACGAUGGGCUUUCUUUCGUGCCUUACUGUUCAGGGGACACUGAACAAAUCAAAGUUGAUCUGCAGCCCAAACAGCAACACUUGGGAUCUUUGGUGUCUACUCUCACUUUUUCUCUACGUUUUGUUUUCGGUAGUGUCUCCCCAGGCAACCGCACGUCCUUAAAUGGCAUUAGUCGUUGAUAGAACGUUAAAACUUACACGAAACGCCCUUAGCAACAGUCUUCAUAUGACAAGCUUUUACGAGGACGUUAAAAAAACAAGUAGAUGGAAUCUCACUUCCAUAUAUUAUACUGAUUUGCUAAACAGUUGCCCAGUUGUUGUUUCAGACAACGCUAAUACUGUGUGGCCAAUGUUAGCUAGGCCGAUAUAAACACCACAUGUAUGACAGGUAUAAGUCAUGGCGAUAUAAAUACCUAUUUAUGUGGUAGAUGUCCUGACAUCGUGCAUAUUGAACUGCCACCCAGAUGUUAUUCAUGGUGUCCAAAAUGAACAUUGUACUUGCAUUCUUCAGUAUUAAUUGUGUGCAUUUCGUUUAUGCCUAAUUUUUAAAGACGGAACAUGUUAUUUUUGGUUAUAUACUCAAUACAUGCCUAGUGUUCUCAUUGUUUUAUUGCCGGAAAAUGGUAUCUUGGUUACGUACACGCUGAGAUUUGUUAUUGUUUAUAGAUGUUUUACAUCCAGCACACCUAUGUGUGUUUGUUUGACUGUAGAAAUUCAUUCCAAAUACAAAUGAUAGGAAAUCUCUUGUUAGUUAGUAAAAUUUAUUGUGAGGUAGAGUUGAUGUACAUGACAUUGCUUUUAACUAGUUUAACUGGUGUUUACAAAUGUCUCGUAUGGUUAUUUCUUACGAUGUAAUUUCAUUUGUUUUGUGAGAUUUUUCAUGCAAUUGCAUGAACAUUAGACGCAUUAUAACGAUUACAGACAUGAGAUUAUUAUUUUUAUACUGGAGGUCACUAAAAACAGGCAAUAUCGAGACCAGGUUUGGCGAAUAGUGUGUAUUAACAAGUCUUUCCAUUCCCAUACAUUCUCUACUUUUUUUGUAUAUUCUUGAAGCAAUUUGUUUCAUCAAUAAAAUAUAUUUUCUAAUAA